AUGAAUGGUAGACCUCCAAGAAACAUAGAAGAGCUAUUGUACCGGAUGCUUAUGGAUAGCAAAUCCUUCCACAGAAUGGUCCAGAAAAUAUAUUGCAGAGUCAAUGGUAUCCCCUAUCACAAAUAUUUGGAUGCAAAUGCCCCAGAUCCCUUGAAAUCAUCUACGAAUUUUGCCAUGUAUCAUCCCACAAAACUACAUAAAUUUAGGGCAUGGAGGGCACUAUUUUGGGAUGAGAUGAAGAAAUCUUUCAUGUUGAAAUGA